AUGUCAGACAGAGAAGAUACCAGUGAAGAUACCCAACUACCAACACCUGCAUCCACCCCAGCUCCAGUUCCAGAGAACGGCAAGAUUGACGUCGAAUCUCAGAUUGAAUCAGAUAAUUCAAGCUCAUCCGAAACAGCCCAUUCAGCUCAUACCACCGUCCCAUCACAUCCUAUUACUGCGCCAGCCAUGGCCACCACCACUCCUAUUGACACUGAUACCCCAGCUCAACGCCAGUCAAUCAAAGUGACUUCGAUCCUGCACAAAAUAGCCAUAACUACUAAAUUGUCCACCUCGAACUAUGUUUCCUGGUCCGAUGGUGUUCGUUUUGGUCUCAUGGCCGCAUCAUACGACAUAUAUCUUGAUUCUGAAGAUGCAGGCAGCUCAGGAAUCGAUCCCGAAGUAAUCCUUGCGACAAAGAAAUCACUCUUUCACUGGUUACUUGCCAGUAUAGAGCCAGCAGAGUCCACUCGAUUUAUAUCAAUGAUUUCCACAUUCGAGAACGGCAUCAAGACUACUAUUCCAUCUCCAUGCCUGCUCUGGAAAACUAUUCGCGAUUACCACAUCAGUAACUCUGAAUCGGUCAAACUCAUGCUCCGGAGCGAAAUCACCGACUUGAGUCAAGGAUCUACCAAGGAUCUCCUUGAGUACAUCGACAUCUUUAGAGCCAAAGUAGAUGCUUACCUUGGAUCCAAUGGAGAAAUGUCUGAAGAAGAGCAAGCUCGCCAAUUUGUUAGAUCACUUAACCUCGCGCUGCCGAAUCAACCGAAGCAAGUCACGGCCGACGUAAUGGAAGAUGGCAAACUUGUAACAAGAACAAGUGCCUCGGUCGAGAUCACCCUACGAAACCUCAUGAUCAAUCCGAGUGCUUUCAUCAUCCCAGAAACGCGACUAAGAUGGACGAUUGGAAACGCUCAAAGCGCGAGGCUGGUGAAUGGGUAG